AUGGAGGAGGACAUAAGUGUCAAUGGUUUUGGGUCACGUCCGGCCCGCAGAGGCUCAGACUGGGGACACAUCACUCUUCUGGACAAGACCAAGGAAUUUUUCCAAAUCUGUGAUGUGGAGGGUAAAGGAUUCAUCACUCGAACUGAUAUGAGGAGGCUGCACAGCGAGCUUCCUCUCACAGCUCAGGAGCUGGAGGAUGUGUUUGAUUCUUUGGAUAUGGAACACUCUGGGUUCCUCACGCUGGAGGCUUUUUCUUCAGGAUUCUCCCUUUUCCUGCACGGUCGGCGAAUACCUACAACCAACGACCCAAGUGUGCUCCAUAGCUCCAUCCUGCGGGCUACAGAAGCCCUGUAUCAAAGCCAGUGGGAGGCCAAGUUGGCUGGAGUAGAAGAUGAAGAGGAAAGACACUUCUGCAUGCUGAUGGAGAGCCUGGGGGCCAGCAAUCUGUUUGAGGACCCAGAUGAGGUACGCAGUCUAUGGGCCCAGCUCAGGCGAGACGAGCCUCAUCUCUUGUCAAACUUUGAGGAGUUUUUGGCUCGUGUCACUCACCAGAUCAAAGAGGCCCACCAGGAAAAGAAGGAAAUGGAAAGUGCACUUCAAAGGAAGGCUGCAACACAUGACAAUGAGAUCCGGCAUUUAUAUGAGGAAAUGGAGGCACAAAUCAAAAAUGAAAAAGACAAGUUGUUACUGAAGGACUCGGGACGCCACCAGCAUCACAGCCAGGACCUUGAAUAUCAACUCUCCUCUAAAGAACAGGAACUGGAGCAGCUUUUUCAGAAACAGAAACGGUUAGAAUCUCAGUGUCGUGAGCUUAACUGUGAGAGACAGGAGAGCCACACCGAAAAUAUCAAGCUGAAAAUGACCAAUGAGGAGCUGUCUAGAGCGCUGGACACCACGAGUCAAGAGCUGGGACUGGCCCAGGAGCAACUGACUAUUCUGCAGGAUCAGGCAGCUCGUCUGCACCAGGAGAAGGAAAUGGAGAUGUACAGAAUCACAGAAGGUCUACAGAGAGAAAAACAAAGUCUAAUGAAACAGCUAGAUCUUCUCAGAGAAAUGAACAAACAUUUAAAGGAUGAGCGGGAUAUAAGUCGUGGUGUGCCGCGGUCGUCGCUAAGAAAGAAGCAGAAGCAGAGAGCUGGCCUUUCUGAAUUGUUUGAUGAUGUCACACAGACCAGACGUGAUGAUGAAACACCCAGUGAUGUAUCUCCCACUACAUCAGGCCCACAGCGAUCAGCUACAAAGAAAAACCCACUCACAUCUAGCAGUACCACCAAACCUGCACCAUCUGCAACACAAGACUCAAAAUCAAAGAUCAGGAAACCUGCCAGUAAAAUCCCAACCGCUAAAAGACUGACGCCAAAAGACAGAGACAAAGCAAGGAAACCAGAAAAGGGAAGAAGCUCGCAUGUGUAUGAGUUGGGCCUGGACUCUCCCCCAGACGGGUGGCCCCUCCGCCGCGUCAUUUCAAUAGAAGAGGACCACCUACCCCACCUGCUUCAUGGAGGACCACAACCACUGUUGCACCAACUGAGUGAGGAGGAAGAAGAGGAGGCAGAGGAAGCACAGAGUGAUUUGGACUCCAGUGUGACAGCAGAUCUGUCAAGUACACCUCCAGCUGGAGGUGGCUCUGAGCCCAUAGACAUAAUACAGCCAAGAAAGUCCCUCUUCACUUGGGGCAGGACGAUCCCCUUGUCACCCAGAGGGCAGCCAGUGGGGAAGGAGACACAACAAAAAACCAGUGAAACAACAUUGCUCCCCCCCGACCGUCUAUUUAAAGUGGUGCUUGUCGGAAACUCCAGCGUUGGCAAAACUUCCCUUCUUCGCUCCUUCUGUGAGGGACAAUUUCAUCCUACUACCACUGCCACUAUAGGUAUCGACUACAGUGUGAAGACAUUAUCCCUGGAUAAUAUGCAGAUUGCAAUGCAGCUAUGGGACACUGCAGGACAAGAAAGGUACCGCAGCAUUACAAAGCAGUUUUUCCGAAAGGCGGAUGGAGUGGUGGUGCUGUAUGACGUCACUGUGCAGGAAAGCUUUAAGGCCGUUCGACCUUGGCUCAUCAAUGUUCAGGAAGCAGCAGGAGAAGGCAUCCCUAUUCUUCUGCUGGGAAACAAAAUGGACAUUGCGGGCGAAAGAGAGGUGUCAUUCAAAGAAGCGGAGAAUCUGGCUUUUGAAAACAAGGUGAUGUUUUUUGAAGUCAGCGCGUAUACAGGAAAGAAUGUGGAAGAAUCUCUGACACAUCUUGCCAGAGUGCUAAUGGAGCAGGAGGACAGAGUGAGAGACACCACAGUGGUUCUCUCCGCUCAGCCCAUUAAGAAGAAGGCCUGCUGCAAGUGA